AUGGUCACUGGGAGGUGGUCGGCCAAAGGAGGCCAGAUCACCAGUGGUGAUAUGGUUAGACCGGAUAAUUAUAAGAUCACGAUUUCCAGUGUCCUUGCAGCUUGUGCUCAUCUUGGUGCAUUUGAUCCUGGGAUAUGGGUGCAUGGGUACCUGAGGAGAAUUUGCCUGGCGAGUAAUGUGGUCAUUGUGCGGAUGUGUAGACAAAGCAUGGAAACAACUGGGGUGAAGCCGAACCAUGUGACAUUUGUUGGGCUAUUGUCAGCUUGUGCUCAUUCUGGUUUAGUAGAGAAAGGUCGCUGGUGUUUUCGUGUGAUGAAGCGUGUUUACUUAAUUGAACCGCAGCUCUAUCACUAUGCAAGCAUGGUUGAUAUGCUUAGUCGUGCCGGGUUGAUAUGCUUAUAA